GAUAACUCUAACUCCAUCAAUGUUUCGGAAGUUGCAAGUGUUUGAAUUUGCACGUGGAUUUACGAGAGCGAUUUUUGGACCUAAGAGACAGUCUCUGACAUUUUGCCAAGUCCCAGCAAUCCGACAUAUGAGCGAGGAACCUGCUUGCAAGCGGCCCUGCAUGAUGAAGAUAGGGACUCAUAAUGGCACAUUCCACUGCGAUGAAGUGUUGGCAUGCUUCAUGCUGAAGCAGCUACCCCAGUAUAAAGACGCUGAAAUUGUCAGGACACGUGAUGCUGCUGUACUCGACACAUGUGAUAUUGUGGUUGAUGUCGGGGGAGUGUUUGACCCAGCCAAAAACAGAUUUGACCACCACCAGAGGACCUUCACCGAGAACAUGAAGUCUCUCUGCCCUGACAAGACAAGAGAGACUAAACUGAGCAGCGCUGGCCUUGUGUAUUUACACUUUGGCGGCGAGCUGCUCACACAGAUCCUAGAGCUGCCUCGCGAUGACCCCGUCACCAACAUCAUCUACGACAAAGUGUAUGAGAACUUUGUGGAGGAGAUCGAUGCUAUCGACAAUGGCAUUGACCAGACUGAUGGUGUCCAAAAAUACCGAAUCACAACAACUCUAAGCAGCAGAGUUGGGAAUCUCAAUCCUCACUGGAACCAAACAGAUGUGGACAUUGAUGCCCAGUUCCGCAAGGCCAUGGAGAUGGUUGGUGCAGAGUUCAUGGACCGUGUGAUGUAUUUCAAACAGGCAUGGCUGCCAGCGAGAGAUCUGGUACAGACCGCCAUCAAACAGAGGAAGGAAGUUGAUGAAUCAGGGGAAAUAAUCUGCAUGAAGGAGGGCGGUGCCCCAUGGAAAGAUCAUCUGUUUUCACUCGAGGCGGAGCUUGGCGUGAGCCCACCAAUCAAAUACAUCCUGUACACAGACCAGAACGGUGCAUGGAGGAUUCAGUGUGUACCGGUCAGAGUUGGAUCCUUUGAGAACAGACUGUCCAUCUUGGAGGAAUGGAGGGGAGUGAGGGAUGAGGAAUUGACGAAGAAGUCAGGAAUUCCUGGCUGUAUCUUUGUCCACGCUGGUGGCUUCAUUGGCGGCAACAAGACAUACGAUGGCGUCCUGGAGAUGGCUCGGCGUUGUCUCAAACAGCCUAGCAGCUGAUGAAGGAUCAUCUCUCAUUAUCACUAUAUACAUCAUCCUUAUAAAA